AUGUUGGGGGCCUUAUCGUCUUCAGUUGGAGUUAAAGUGAGUUGCAGAGAUGAAGUGUACGUGGGAGCGGUGGCACUGAGGGCGAGUAAAGGGCCUUCCCAAUUGCUUAUGUCUGCUUCAUAUUCCCUUAAUUUGCACCAUUUCAUCGUCAUCGUCAAACGCUCUUCUCCUCCUCCUCAGGUUUUGGUUUAUGAUUUUCAGCCGGAGGAUCCUGAAAGCAUAUGGGUCGCUGUUGCAGCACUGACUGGUAGAGAUGUACCUGGGGUUAUUCUUGUGAGGAAGCUGGAAAAGCUUCCCAAGAGAAAAUGUCAGUUUGUUGGCUACUCCCGAGGAAACACUAUAAUUGCAGCGCAGGAGUUCAAUGAGAGUUGGGAAACAAACCUCAAGAUUGGUCAUCAUGAUUGCCGGCAUUAUUGUCAAGGGUUGGUUGAGCACCUAACUGGUGAGAAAGCUGUUUUGGAGGAUCUGAGUGAAGGCUAUUUUAAGUGA